GAGAGCCCGGCGAGCUGAAACCCGAGCCGCCGCUCAGCUGGGGCUGGGGAGGUCCCUGGAAGAGCCGCCAGCCCGCCGGCCUCCCGCGUCCCUCCUCUCGCUCCCCCGCAGUCGCUCGGCACUACCGCGGGAAAGAUGGAGCUGGACCGGUGGACGCAGCUGGGGCUCGCGUUCCUGCAGCUCCUUCUCAUCUCCUCCUUGCCAAGAGAAUACACAGUCAUCAACGAAGCCUGCCCCGGAGCCGAGUGGAAUAUCAUGUGUCGCGAGUGUUGCGAAUACGAUCAGAUCGAGUGCGUCUGCCCUGGCAAGAGGGAAGUCGUGGGCUACACCAUCCCCUGCUGCAGGAACGAGGACCACGAGUGCGACUCCUGCCUGAUCCACCCAGGUUGUACCAUUUUUGAAAACUGCAAGAGCUGCCGGAACGGCUCGUGGGGAGGCACCCUGGAUGACUUCUACGUGAAGGGCUUCUACUGUGCAGAAUGCAGAGCGGGCUGGUACGGAGGAGACUGCAUGCGAUGUGGCCAGGUUCUUCGAGUCCCAAAGGGUCAGAUUUUGUUGGAGAGUUACCCCUUAAAUGCUCACUGCGAGUGGACCAUUCAUGCCAAACCCGGGUUUAUCAUCCAACUGAGGUUUGUCAUGUUGAGCCUGGAGUUUGACUACAUGUGCCAGUAUGACUAUCUCGAGGUCCGUGACGGGGACAACAGCGACAGCCCCAUCAUCAAGCGUUUCUGUGGCAACGAGCGACCAGCUCCCAUCAGGAGCACAGGUUCCUCACUCCAUGUCCUCUUCCACUCGGAUGGCUCCAAGAAUUUUGAUGGCUUCCAUGCCAUCUUCGAGGAGAUCACAGCGUGCUCCUCGUCGCCUUGUUUCCAUGACGGCACCUGCCUCCUGGACAAAGCUGGAUCUUAUAAGUGUGCCUGCCUGGCAGGCUAUACAGGGCGGCACUGUGAAAACCUUCUGGAGGCUGGGAAGUCCAAGAUCAAGGCGCUGGAAGAUUCGUUGUCUGUCCUUGAAGAACGAAACUGCUCAGACCUUGUGGGCCCAGUCAAUGGGUACAAGAAAAUAACAGGAGGCCCUGGGCUUCUCAAUGGCCCUUAUGUAAAAAUUGGCACUGUUGUGUCUUUCUUCUGUAAUAACUCCUAUGUUCUUAGUGGCAAUGAGAAAAGAACCUGCCAGCAGAAUGGAGAGUGGUCAGGGAAACAGCCCAUCUGCAUAAAAGCCUGCCGAGAACCAAAGAUCUCAGACCUGGUGAGAAGGAGAGUUCUUCCAAUGCAGGUCCAGUCAAGGGAGACGCCUUUACACCAGCUAUAUUCAUCGGCCUUCAGCAAGCAGAAACUGCAAGGUGCCCCUACCAAGAAGCCAGCCCUUCCCUUUGGAGACCUGCCCCCUGGGUACCAACACCUGCACACCCAGCUCCAGUAUGAAUGCAUCUCUCCCUUCUACCGCCGCCUGGGCAGCAGCCGGAGGACAUGUCUGAGGACUGGGAAGUGGAGUGGACGGGCCCCAUCCUGCGUCCCUAUCUGUGGGAAAAUCGAGAACAUCACUUCUCUGAAGACCCAGGGGACGCGCUGGCCGUGGCAGGCAGCCAUCUACAGGAGGACCAGUGGGGUGCAUGAUGGCGGCCUGCACAAGGGUGCAUGGUUCCUGGUCUGCAGUGGCGCCCUGGUGAACGAACGCACGGUGGUGGUGGCUGCCCACUGUGUUACUGACCUGGGGAAGGUCACCGUCAUCAAGACCGCAGAUCUCAAAAUUGUCUUGGGGAAGUUUUACCGGGAUGAUGACCGGGAUGAGAAGACCAUCCAGAGCUUACGGAUUUCUGCUAUCAUUCUGCAUCCCAACUAUGACCCCAUACUGCUUGAUGCUGACAUCGCCAUCCUGAAGCUCCUGGACAAGGCCCGCAUCAGUACCCACGUCCAGCCCAUCUGCCUCGCGGCUACUCGGGACCUCAGCAUCUCCUUCCAGGAGUCCCACAUCACUGUGGCUGGCUGGAACAUCCUGGCGGAUGUGAGGAGCCCUGGCUUCAAGAAUGACACGCUGCGCUCUGGACUGGUAAGGGUGGUGGACUCACUGCUGUGUGAGGAACAGCAUGAAGACCAUGGCAUCCCUGUGAGUGUCACCGACAACAUGUUCUGUGCCAGCCAGGACUCCAGUGCCCCGUCUGACAUUUGCACCGCGGAGACAGGAGGCAUCGCGGCGAUGUCCUUCCCUGGCCGAGCAUCGCCUGAGCCACGCUGGCAUCUGGUGGGACUGGUCAGCUGGAGCUAUGACAAGUCAUGCAGCCAUCGCCUCUCCACAGCUUUGACCAAGGUGCUGCCGUUUAAAGACUGGAUCGAGAGGAACAUGAAAUGAGCCAGCUGCAGGCCUAUCAGGAAGCUUUCCCAUGCAUUUGUGUGUACCUGGGCUAUAGGACACCGUGUGGACCUGAAGUGUGAUUUUGCCCAUGAACUUGGCUAUGCCAGGGCUUCUGAUUUCAGGGACACAACUCAGUUUGCGGGGGGUGAGUAGAGCUCAGUUUCUGGUAGCCACUGCCUUCUUCCCACCUGCUUGGAAACCCCUGGGAGGAUACCAGAGCUUCAAGAACUGAGUUUCUUCAAAGAAGAGCAAAUGAAUAGCCAAGAAAAUCUCCCCAUUUGACUGACCUGGUGGUCUUCCCACCUUUCAAUGAGGUCAAUGUCAUGGUCCCCUCUGGUUGAGGGUUGACCUGAGGAGUUCUGGGCUUCACAAAGCCUCUGUUGAGGCUCCAGCCAAACCAAGUUCCAAAGAGCUGCCUGCAGGACAGUCCGGCACAGUUGAAUUAUAGGAUGUGGCACAUGCUUUGUACCUUGCCACAGUACAGUCUGAUCCUUUUCCUUUCCAAUCUCCUGUACAUAUUUUAAUAAAACAAGCAUUGGCUUCUGACCUACAAACAGAUGUGCUCUGCUCUCCUCCCUGCAUGCUGCUUCUCUGAGCUACAUGUAACAGAGCCAAGGCUCAGUGAUAGCCCUUUAAUAUAGAACUAAGGGUUAUUAUUCCCAAAUAAUGUGUGUGACAAAGACCAUGCUGUCUUUUCAAUACCAACCCUUGGAGCUUGGUGGGUCAUAGGUUUGGAGAAAAAAAUAGACAGGUGCCAUCAGAUGACACAGAGAGGAAGAUGCCAGGGACUAGCUGAUUUCCAGUGUCCCUUUGGUUCUCAUAUUCUAGAUUCAGCACAAAACCCAUCUUUGUAAAUAAAAUAAAUCUUCAUAGCAUGUUUUAGAGGAGUUGAAUUAAAGUCACAUAUUCACUUACAUCAGAUUUAUGUAUCCCAAGAACCUGUAGCCUCACCGUUUUCUAGAACUUAUGUGAGUUUCCUCCUAAGCCCCAGUCCCACUUCCCAUUGGAUAAGGGAAGACAAAUUAAAUUCAAUCCCAUAAAUUCCUUAUGUGAUCCUUCCAGUAACAUUCUUCUUUUGGGGGUGACUUACUCUUUUGUCUUUUCCCCUUGUUAUAAUUUGGAUCUUAAAUGUCCCCUCAAAGGCUCAUGUGUUAAAGGCUUGGUCUCAACCUGGUGGUGCUAUAGGGAGGAGGCAGAAAUGUUUGGAGGUGGGGUCUGGUUGGAGGAAAUAGGUCACUGGGGGCAUGCCUUUGAAGGGUUUAUUUUGUCCCUGGUCUCUUCCUCCCCCAGUCUGCUUCUGGCUGCCAUAAGUUCCAUAAUUUUACUCCACCAUGCCAUUCCCCUUUGAUGUUCUGCUUCACCACAGGAUCACAGCCAUUGAGUCAGCUGACUAUGGACUGCAAACUUGAAUCA